CCCAUUCGCUACAACGAGCAGUCAUCUCCUCUCUCCCUCCUCCUUUUCACUUACCUCCUCUCCUCCCCCUCCGCCGCCUUCGAAUCCGACGAGCUCAUCCAAAACGACGACGAGUUCGAAGGCGUACAGCGAUCUCAUCCCGAUCUCGACUCCCUAAACCCUAACCCUAACCCUAACCCUAGCCUCUCUCCCCCAAUCCGUCGCAAGCCCGAUCUCGAAUCGUCUUCCUCAUCCUUCUCCUCUGAAUCGAAGUCGAUCCAGUUCAGCCUCGAGCACUCGCUUGCUGGCGAUGGUGAUGGAUUCUCUCCCGCUGGAACCUUUACUGCUCGCCUCAAGUCCUGGAGCCAUGGCGGCCAGACUCUCACUAAGCUGAGGUUUUCGAGGAAUGCACUGACUGGGGCGGAGAAGGAAGCUUUUGAGAGGCUGUUGAAGGAGGAUGGUUUCUAUACGAUUAGAGUGCCAGCUAAUGUUUUGAAUCCUCCUGGAAAAGAAUAUGUUGUUUCAUCUGUUAGAGCUAGAUGUCUCCCCAGGGACAGCUUGGAUGAACAAUUUGUUAUUCAUACGGAUGGAGUUAACAUUUUGGCUGUGAACUAUGGUUCUGCUGGAGCAUGCCAAUAUCCACGAAUACUAAAACUUCCAACCAAGUGGUCCUUCAAUUCAUAUACGGUGCUAAAGAAUAGCGAGCAAGCUCGGAGAACUCCAAUGUUUACUGAAGAAUUGCUUCAAGCAGAGACUGGAGAGGGAGAAGGCGUAAAACCGCCUGAGAAAUCAUUUUGGGCCAAAUAUUGGAUGUAUUUAAUACCUCUUGGGAUGAUUGUCAUGAACGCCGUCACUCAAGCGAUGAAUAUUCCCGAUGAACAGGCUGAUGCUCAGUCUAAUGGCCAGCCGCAAGGAGCUGCACAGAGAGCACCAAGUGCUGCCGCUGUGAGAAGAAGAUGAUUAGUUGGAUCUGGAUUGUACUCUACUACAAUAUAUUCAAUGGUGCUUGGGCUAAAUCCCGAGGAUUUUGCCAUCAUCACCAGCUUGCUUUUUGAUAUAACUACCUGUAUCUUGCUUAAUUCACAUCUUCUGUAGUAUCGUUGAGUAAAGAAAAUUAUGAAUGUUUUCGUUAGUCUUGGAGAUGUACGUUGCGCUCGGUGUAGUGAGCGCAUCAGAUGUAUUUGUGUUAGUGAAAAGAUGUUAGUUGUGAAACACUUUUCUGACAGUGGAUGAUAUUGUUGAUAUUCUACCAUUUGUGCUAUUGUUACUACUUACUAGAGGACCGAAUAUCUGAUGAUGAUUGAGCAAAUAAGCUUGUUUUAA